AUGGUAGGAGGUGGGAACAGGAGAGACGAAGUGAUCAAAAAUACCAACGUGUUCGCUGCGCUCGAGAGUCUAAGGAAGAAGAAGAAGUCCGAUAAAGAAAAGGGGUCGUCGAAGAGUAGCAAGGGGUCUUCGAAGGCUGAGCCGGCGCCGCAAGUGUUCUGGGCACCUACGCCGCUGGCGGUGAAAUCCUGGGCCGAUGUGGAUGAAGACGAUGACGAUGACUACUAUGCCACCACGGCUCCGCCUCAGUCUGUUUGGGGUUUGUCGCAAUCUGAGCAGGCCCAGGAGAAGCCAGCCCCUGUAGAGGAAAGUGAAAGUGAAGAAGAUCUUCUUGAUGAAGGUGAUGACGAUGUAGAGGAAGAGCAUGAUGAUGAACCAGAGGCUCCAGAACAACCUGAGCCAGUAGUGAAGAAGCCUGUUGAAGUUUCUAAUGCACCUAAAGAGACAGAAAGACAGCUUUCAAAGAAAGAAAGAAAGAAAAAGGAGCUUGCAGAACUGGAUGCCAUUUUGGCUAAUUUUGGAGUCUCCCAGAAAGAUACCAGUGCUGAAGAUGAAUCAUCUGGUGCUGCAAAAGAGAAGAAAGGAGGACAGCCAAUUGGAGAUGCAGAAAGGAAGGAAGAUGCUCCUGCAGAGUCCAAAAGUGCUAAGAAGAAGAAGAAGAAGGAUAAAUCUUCCAAGGAGGCAAAAGAACCCCAGGAUCCGGCCAACGGUACUGAUGUCACCAAUGGACCAGAAGAAACAGCUGGAACUGAGCGGGGGAAGAAGAUGCGUCUGCAGUUGACGUCAAAGAGCGGCUAA